AUGCUCACUCGCGUAAAACGUUCAGUGGGCACGGCGCAUAGACCCGUCCCAACCCCGCGCGUUCGCCCACAGCUAAUCAGCCUGCGGCCAUCAACUGAGCGUCAUCAUAUCAUCAUAACUGCCCACGCAUCGGGUCUGGCGCCGUUAGUCUUUGUCGAGGGCUACAAGGAGGUCGAGGAGCUCGCCGGUGCGCGCAUCAUCGUCGAUUCGGAUACACCACGUGUUGAAUAUUACACGAAAUGGAAGGACGGCUCCGACCCAACCUGGGAGGUGUCCGCUAACUUGUCUGAGGACUUGAUACGGGAGUACGAGGAUAAGUGGUGGACCGCUGUACGGAAGGCUGACCUGGACACCCUGGUCCGCAUGCUGGGGGGCGCCCGGGAGCUGCUGGCCAACGUGGUGGAUGAAAACAGGAGGAGUGCCCUCCACUUUGCGGCCGCGCUGGGCAAUGCGGACUGCACUAGGCUGCUGGUGGAGGCGGGGGCGGAUGUCGACCUGCAGGACAGGGAGGGCUUCACCCCCCUCCAUAUGGCUGCCGGCUACAUGCACACCUCCUCCAUGGCCGUGCUGUUGGAGGCGGGCGCCAACCCCGAGCUGCGCGACAACACGGGCCGGGACGUGGUGACCCUCAUUGACAACCUGAAGGCCACCAUGCCGCUCAACAUGGCCAGUGUGCAGAGGCGCCUGGCGCUGGAGGAGGUCGCCAACUGCCUCACGGAUAGGCUGUACGACGAGGUAGUCCCCGCCAACAUCCUGAACAUGCGCACAGCUCCUGACGGCAGCCGCGAGUUCCUGGUGUCCUUUCCGCCGGAGGACGGUCGGGAUGACGAGUGGGUUUCGGAGCGGAAUGUGGGGGCUGACCUUCUGGAGGACUACUUGGCGGGACUGGAGUACGGCGCGGCGGCGGAGGUGCUGGACGUUGUGCAGAUCCGCACGGAACGGCGUUUCAAGAUUCGUUGGGCCGAUGGAUACCCGGCAUCCUGGGAGCCCGAGGAGCACGUACCCCACGACCUCAUCCAGCUGUUCGCCCAACAGAACCCCCAGCUCUUCAACGAACGAACCUCCGCAGAGGCAGCGGCCAGCGCCAGCAGCUGGACGGAGCUGGGGAUUGAGGAAGAGUACGAGACACAGGCCACGCCACGGUCGGUGGCGCAGGCGGAGGCGGGGCCGGCGGUACGGCAAACACAGCAUCAGGUGCAGGGGCAGGAGGGGAUGGCAGUGGGGUCGAGCAGUGAAAGUAGUGGCAAUGGCAGUGGGACAGCAGCGGCGGCGACGGCGGCGGGUGCCGGAUUCCCGCCGGACCAGCCGCCGCACCCGCCGGCCCAGCAGCAGCAGCAGCAGCGGGAGGAGCGGGAGGCGUGGGCGCGACGUCUUGUAAUAUUAAGGACUGCGCCACCAGCAGGAACGAAAGGUUUGACAUUAGCGUGGCGUGAGGCAGGGGUGAACCGCACCUUACUGGGGUUUGCCUUGUCGACAAACAAUCCAUGUGCCGUAAACACGGAGCAUCCAUGUAUGUAUGCUAGAUGCAGUUCGACAGUACGGCCGAAUAGUUUGGGGCAGGCCGAUAAGCCUGUUAACCCGGAAAACGGACUGUCUAACGUCUCCUCUGUGCGGCUUUGGGGGAGUACGAGGGUGCCAGGGCACCAUGCUAGACCGGGAGUACUCAAGUCCAGCGCCAACGUCUAGGACAAGUUGGUCACUCUAGCCGUCAGUUAGGUCUUGCGCUAAGUUGCAGCGUGUGCCGUCGCCCGCAACAAAGGCCACGGUAAGCGCAUUGGGCUAAGUCUUACUGACACAUUACCAUCACCGCACAAGCAGCGGUGGUGCUAUGCUAUUCGGAGCUAUGUCCCCAUGGCAACAGCUGCGCGCAAAGCCGCGACAACAAACCCGCAGCUCUAUUGACUAAACGCCCGGGUCACACCAAUAAGCAGCUGAAAACGCGCAGGGGCUAUGACGGGUCCAGCACGCAAACGCCAUUUGUGUUAGCAGGCACAUUAGUUCUGUGUUGCGACAUAUGCAUUUUUUGCGUCAGCAGCAGCACUCUAAUACGUCGGCGAUUUAAUGAUCUUUUAGCACCUUCGCGGUGUCGUCGGAAGUCUCAAAUGGGCACGCCAACCUGCCAAUCAGCUGGGCGGUCCCAAGUUGUCUCGUUAGUCCGAUGGUUAUGGUAGUAAGGCUCCCCGGUGUCGCGCGUGCGAUACAUGACCCAGCCAUUCGGGCCCUGAACCGGGUAGCCCUGGGCUGCCCAAACAUCGUCGGCGUUCGUCUGG